AUGGCAGGACACCGACACCCAGUUUCAGUGCGUGCAGCGGCCCUGGUGCAGAUAGAGCAGCUCCAGACAUUCACUUUCUCAGUGCACUGGUCAGACGGCAGCGACACUUUCGUGCGCAGAAGCUGGAAUGAAUUCAGGCAGCUCCAGAAGACCCUGAAAGAGACCUUCCCAGUGGAGGCGGGCCUGCUUCGGAGAUCCGACCGAGUUCUUCCCAAGCUUCCUGAUGCAUCGCUGUUGACUCGCGGGGGGCGAAUGGGCCGUGGUCUGGCCCGCCUACAGCUGCUGGAGACCUAUGCACAGAAGCUGUUGGCGACUACAGGGCGCGUGGUGCAGAGCCCAGUGCUCACUGGCUUCUUUGCUCCGAAACCACUAGACCUGGAGCCUGCGCUGCCACCCGGGAGUCUGGUGAUCCUGCCAGCCCCCCAGGGGCCCUUAUCCCCUCCCAUUGGCAGCCCAACCAUUCAUAGCCUGGAGACUCAGAGCCUGCGCUGCCUGGAGCCCUUCAGCACCCAGGACACACGAGGCGGGUCUUUCCACGCAGGGGCCCAGGAAAGGCUGGACGUAGUGCUGCGACACCCCUCAGGCUGGUGGCUGGUGGAGAAUGAGGAUCAGCAGACAGCUUGGUUUCCAGCUCCCUACCUGGAGGAAGUGUCCCUAAGCCAGGACUCUGAGUGGGCCGCAUCCACAGGGAGCAAUGGCCGCCACUUUUGCGCUUCCCGCGCCUACGAGAGCAGCCGUGCAGAUGAACUGUCAGUGCCCAUGGGGGCUCGUGUGAGCGUGCUAAGAACAUCCGACCGUGGCUGGUGGCUGUGCAGGUACAGCGGUCAAGUGGGCCUCCUCCCAGCAGUGGUGCUGCGGCCAGAAGGGCUGGGUGCACUCCUGGGUGGGUCAGGGUUCUAUGGUGGGGAGGACAGAACUGGUGAGGCUCACGACUACCCCGAUGCUCUUCAGGCUACGACCCCUGCCCCUACUGUACCCACCCGUCCUUCACUGAGCAUCAUCCAUAGCCGAUGUUGCACCAUCACACGCAGGGCACUGGGUCUGCACCUAGGGUCCUAG